CGCCAUGCAAUGACCAUCAGUUCCAAUCUGUGUCCUAACAGAGCCAGACGUGAAGGUGUUUUAGAGCAUUCGGAGAAUGAGCCAUAACUCAGCGGUGUAAUUGCGGUGAUUUCAUCAUGCUUUUGGCACUCUAUCUACAAACCCAACAUCAAGCCUAUCCUCGUCUAUUGUCUCCGGGAUCUGGGACGAUUUCCUCUCGCUAUGGUCCAUGGGGUCAGGCACCGACGUCGAGCAACCAACGCAACGAUUUGUUGGCGGCCUCGAAUUCAGCCAAUUCGGGCGGCUUACCCGGGAGCAUGGCCAGUACUCCGGAAGAUGAAGAUUCAGGCACAGGAAGCACGACCCACAGUCAAGAAUCCAAUGUUAUCAAGCAUAUCGACCGGAACAUUCUCUCGUGCUUAAUUUGUCAACAACGAUUCCGAGAGCCCAAAGUUUUGCCUUGUCUGCACACCUUUUGUCUUGGGUGCUUGUUCGUUUAUUUGCCACCAGAGAGCCUUUCCAUAACGUGUCCGCUGUGUGGACAUCAGUCCAUUCUACCUCAACAAGGGGUCAAAGCCCUUCAGGACAACUAUUUCAUAUCCCACUUAAUCGACGUCCUGAUUCAAGACGGUCCUUCAAACGAGAACCCAUCCAAGCAGACGCCGAGUCUGACGGAAGAUCCCGACUGUAACACCAUCUCCUCCUCAUACGACUUGGAAUAUUCCGAGUCAGUCGACCUCGAGAGCCUCUCAAGUCACCACAAAGGCGAGUCGAAAUUGAACUCCGUGGAUUACGAGGCUUGUGGCCAUCAACAUCAGGUUACCGACAACUCGAGCGAGGCAACUUAUUCUACGCCGGGUGCCAGGACCCUGUUGUGUUCCAACCACUCAGGUUCUCUCUUGGGGGUCUAUUGUUACUCUUGCGAGACCGCUAUUUGCACUCUGUGUGCGAGCAUCGAGCACAGAGGCCAUUGGACCGUGGCCAUGGCUGAGGCCAUUGAAGAUGAGAAAGAAACGCUGAGGAAGCUCAUUGACGAUGCCUAUGUACAGGUGCCUUUGCUCAAGUCUGCUCUGGCAAAUAUCGAGACCUUGUCGUCAAACUUGAAGGAGGAACGAGUGACUACAUCUCAAGAAGUUGCCAAGGCCUUUGACCAAUUGGUGGCUUUGGUGGAAAGUCGACGAGAGGUCAUUCUCAGGGACUUGGCCAUGAAGGAAAAGUCCAAGCAAGAAACUCUGGAUCGCCAGAAGGAUGAAAUCGAGACCUCCUUGGCGGAUUUGUACACAAGUUGUGAGUUUGUCGAGAAAGCACUUACCCAUGGAUCGGAGACGGAAAUCUUGCUGGUCAAGAAACAAGUCGGAGAUCGCUUGGUUGAGUACAGCCAGAUGCAAGUGGUCCAGGAACCUGCAGAAAAUAGAUACUUGGUGUUCCAACCGGGAUUGGUUGACACUUUUGAAUCUCAAAUGAACCAGUGGAGCCAAGUUUUGACCUCAAGUGCCAUUCACUACCGCACCGGCGUGGUUGGAGAAGGCUGCAAACUGGCCCAAGUGGACCGAACCACCACCAUUACCCUCACGACCAGAGACUGGCAGGGCAAUGUGGUUCCAGGGCCUGAAGUUGAACAAUUCUUCUGCGAGAUCGUCCCAAUCUCCAUCAACAACCCCACAAAUCGACCCAUUCAACUGACCACGGAAAUCACUGACAUGGGAGAUGGAACCUACGAGCUGGCCUAUUCAGUGCCCGUAGAGGGACGUUUUGAACUGUCGGUCAAGAUGUUCGACCAGCAUGUCAAUAAAAGCCCAUUCCAGAUUUCGGCUGUGAUUCCCCCGCCUGAAGAGAUGUGUUCCAUACACCUUCGAAAGUAUCCCGCUCCCAAAAAGCAGAGAAGCAAAAGUCAUUAUCAGCGACCGUCUUCGGCUCGGUCCAUAAACGAUAGCCAGUGUUCCAGAAACAAUCCCAUCGAGGACGACCUCAUUCUCAAGAUCGGUGGCCGAGGGCGGGGCCGAGGCGAGUUCACCAACCCACAAGGCGUGGCUGUGUCCACUAAUGGGCGGAUUUUGGUGGCCGAUUCGAAUAACCAGUGCAUACAAUGUUUCGGACCUCAAGGCGAGGUCCGGCUUAAAUUCGGGAUUCGAGGCCGAACCCCGGGUCAAUUACAGCGUCCCACCGGGAUCUGUUGCUUGCCCAACGGGAAUUAUGCCAUCGCAGAUUACGACAACAAAUGGGUCUCUGUUUUUGACCAAACGGGCAAAUUCAUUAACAAAAUAGGCACAGGGAAACUUUUAGGUAAACAUUCUACAACUCAACCAUGUUUUUUGUCCGAAUUAGUUGCAUUACUUUGGUUCCUUCGCCGACUUCUCUAUGUUCCACAGGUAUUUGAUUCAGAAGGUGAAUUCAUGUUCUGCUUUGGUUCCAACGGAGAAGGAAACGGUCAAUUCAACGCUCCCACCGGUGUAGCUACAGACAAGCAAGAUAACAUCCUGGUGGCGGAUUGGGGAAACUCCCGAAUCCAAGUCUUUGAUUCCCAAGGCUCUUUUUUGGCCUUUGUCAAUACCCUGGCAUGUCCCUUGUACGGCCCUCAAGGUGUGGCGGUCACCCCUGAUGGGAACAUUGUGGUGGCCGAUAGUGGGAACCAUUGCUUUAAGUUGUAUCGAUAUCUCCAAUAGUUUUUGGAAUGCAUACGAUAUGGUUAUGCAGCAGAUAUUUGAAUAUGAUCUCAUCGGUGCCAAAGUUUCUUCUACUCAAACUUCCAUAACAAUCCGUGUAAUUUGGUAGUUCUCGGUUCUAAAUUUAUUCUUUUGAUCAUAAGGACACAAUACAGAAAAUGCCUUAAUUUA